AUGGAGAAAAUCGCUAGCUCCCCAAUCUCCAACCUGCCCCAGGAGAUAUAUCUCAAAAUCUUCAGUUGGUGUUGCAUUAGAAUGGUCAUUCUCAAGCCUCCUUGGCGAAACUACCUGCCAACGCUUGUGCUGGGACAGGUGUGCAAGCUGUGGCAUGCAAUCAUAGAACAGAAUCCUCAGCUCUGGUCAACAUUCUGUGCAGAAACAAUGGGCCCAGAAACCGCACUUGCUGAGGUUCUGCGCAGAUCCAAGCAUUCCCCUCUGGAUCUCACCAUCUGGCUGCAAGGUUCACUACUACCAUCCUGUCUUCUGACCACCGCCCCUAGAAUCCAGCAACUCUCUCUACUUGCCUUCGAAGGCGAAAAUUUUGUCUCCCUCUUCAAUCAAGAAUUCAAAUUUCCUGCACUGAAGUCCCUUAACCUACGCCACGGAACUGUUCACGAAGGUCCAUACCCAAUUAUCGACCCCUUCAGCGGUGCCUUUGAUUGUUCCGUUCUCACUUCUCUUCUGGUCUCUCGCCUCUCUUUUCUACCCUCACACCCUCUCCCAUCCAUCAGGUACAUCUGGAUUGAUCACAUGCGGCUAGACGAUGCAUGCAAACUCCUCACCCAGUGCCCCAACGUUGAGGACAUACACAUAGGAUCCAUUCGCCUAGAGCACUUUCCGGGCAACAUGGUACCCGAACCGUCGUUUGAUUUACCCGUUGCCCUGAAGUCCUGUGUUUCUCUUUCCCUUCACACUCUCACUGGCGGCGCCAUAGUGGAUACCUCGCUACAAUGUUUCCAGCUUCCAAACCUAACCUCACUCCAAUUCAAACGGUCGUACUGCCCUACUUCCAACAUCGAUCUUCUACAACAUUUCCAACGUCUGAUGUCUCUGAACCUCCACAACAUUCGCUUGUCUAAAAUCUCACUCCCGCAACUCUUAAGCAACCUUGCAAAUCUUCGGCACCUAUCCUACUCUGAAGACGACCCGUGGGUGGAAAAUCCAACUGGUGUUAAGCUCUUCAGGUACCUUUGCCUGCAUCAAUCAGCUGCCUACCUCCCCGCACUGGAACACCUCAUGUUUAGCGUGGAGUUCCGAGUAAUGUUCCACGUUCUUACCUUUUGCGCACUACACACCCACUUAGAUCAGGUAUACUUGACGUUAUUAAAGCAGGAGAACCAGCCGCCUCGUUAUGAAGAACUCUUCACAGCCAGAUGCAAGAAAUUGGCGAGAGUCAGAAAAUAUAACAUUGAAAAAGUGUGA